GCGAUCCAAGAUCAGUAGCUAAAACAGCCUGAGCCAGCUAUGGUACUCUCCAGUGUCCACACAGCGGAGAUUGGGUGCCACUGCCAUGGCAGUCUCUUCUCUGCGGUUCCCGCUUUCCCCAUGGACGAAAACUUCAUCUACAUGCUUCCGCUUACCCUACAUUGCUUUCGUUUCGAGGAGCCCACAUCUUAGACCUAGACUAUUGUGCUGUUGCUCAUCUCCUUCUGCGUCCACUGACGCUUCUUCCACUCGCUGCGCUCCGGACCAGCUCCGGACAUGGGAAGCUUUUCGCAAGAAAAAGGUCGUUAUGCGGAUCGGCUAUGCCGGGACUGAUUAUAGAGGACUGCAAAUGCAACGCGAGCAACAGUCACAUCCAACAAUCGAACAAGAAUUGGAAGCUGCAAUAUUUAAGGCUGGUGGAAUUCGUGAUAGUAACUAUGGAAAUCUGUACAAAAUCUCAUGGGCUAGGAGCAGUCGAACUGAUAAAGGAGUUCAUUCCUUGGCCACAACAAUUUCCUUAAAAAUGGAAAUCCCUGAAAAUGCAUGGAUGGGCGACCCUUGUGGUAUUUUGCUUGCUAAUUACAUAAACUUUUAUCUUCCUGAUAAUAUCAAGGUUUUUGGCAUCGUACCUUCACAGAGGAGCUUUGAUCCUCGAAGGGAAUGUGAUGUCCGGAAGUACUCUUAUCUCCUCCCUGCUAAGCUUAUUGGAAUUGAGAGUAAAUUUAACACUACUGAAAUUGAUCACCACAUUUCAGAGUUUAAAGAUAUAUUAAACUCCUUUCAGGGAGAGCACCCUUUCCAUAACUAUACAAUACGUUCCAAGUAUAGAAAGACAAUUCGAGCCAGGCAAUCUCCUGGAUAUGGCCAUAAUUCAGGAGAAGAAGUAUCACCUAGUGGUAUGUCGAACUCUGGGUUUGAGGAGAGUGAUAGUGAAGAUAAUUUUUUUGUCGAAGGAGUCAAGGGGCCAAAUCAACAUGCUCCAAGAUUAAGUGUUUGUUGUGAAGAUCCAGUUGAAGUAUGCAGUAAGCUUGGAAAUGGAUCAGAGCUUCAAAAGGGUGUUCGUGCAAGAUGGCUUCAUGAGCCAGAUGAGAAAGAUCGCAUAGGUGCCUCCCACUUCAGAAAGAUUCUUUGCUGUUCUUGUGGGAAACUUGAAACAUCUCUUGGAUACGAUUUCGUUGAGAUCUCAAUCUGGGGAGAAUCUUUCAUGUUGCAUCAAAUCCGGAAAAUGGUGGGAACAGCCGUUGCUGUGAAGCGGAAACUGCUCCCAAGAGAUAUUAUAGCAUUGUCACUGACCAAGUUUUCUAGAAUAGUUCUGCCCAUUGCACCAGCAGAGGUUUUAGUCCUAAGAGGGAACAGCUUUUCCAACGGAAAACGUCCAGGAGCUCCAAAGAGGCCCGACUUGCUCACAUUGAACAAAUCGGACGACAUCAUCAAGUCGGUGGACGAAUUCUACAGAUCAGCGAUAUUACCUGAGCUAACAAACUUCCUGGACACGGAAAAAGCGCCAUGGAACGAAUGGGUGGAGAAAUUGGACAAAUACACAAGCAUUCCCAAUGAGCAACUGGAUGAAGUCAGAAAUGCCUGGAAAGCAUGGAAGGAAAAGUUUGAGAGUGGACAAACACAUAAAAGGUACAUUGGUCAUGAAGAAUUCAAAGCACCCAUUUGAAUUAUGUUGAUGUGUUUUUUUGUGUGUGCCUCUUUUGUUGGAAGAAGUCUUUGAAGAGGAUGGGAGGCAGUUGAGUUUAGUUGGUGGAGUUAUUAUUGGUACAAAUUAUGGGGUUUGGGCAUUGAAUGCCACUGGCCAUGGGGGGCGUUUAAGAGCGCAGCAUCAACCACAGACCAACCCCAACCCACUCAGCACCAUAACGGAGCUCGCUCGCAUUCAAUGUCAGCCGCUCAUAAGGCGAAAUUUGUAGGUGAGCCAUGAAUCAUGAUGUUCAUUUUACUUGAUUUGUGAUAACAAUUUUGAGUGAGCCUUGACUAAUAAACACUGUGAAAAGGAUUGCUGUUGCUUCUCUCUUUUAAUUAUGAUUUAAAUUGUUUGCUCUUUGUAUUAUUGAGAUACGUGUAAAUUGGAAUCAUCACAUGAUGAGAGCAAAAAAUCUCCAUUUAAAAUGGAGUCAAUAUUGAUGUGAAUUAUGAAGUGAUUAAAUAUUGGUAUCUCUUA